AUGAGGGUAUACAGUCGCCCGGCGGAGUCCUCGUCCUACCAUUCUGUCUUUCUACUAUCUUUUAUUAUACUUUCACUCUUUAUAAAUUUGACUUCGGCUCAGUUCUAUGUCUGCAACUCGACAAGUCCAUGUGUCAACGGAGCAUGCUGUGAUGUCAACGAUGGUGAAACUAAUGGCCUUUGUGGCUAUGAUCCCGACAAAUCGUGUGGCUCUACCUGUGUGAGCAACUGCAAUGCAACUGCAGAGUGUGGCAAAUGGGCUGCCACUGCUGGCACAACCUGCCCAUUGAAUGUUUGCUGUUCCGAGUUCGGUUUCUGCGGUACAACGUCCGAAUUUUGUAACGCUGGUACAGACGGCGGGAAAUGCCAAAGCAAUUGUUACCAGCCAACGCAGCCUUCCUGCAAAUCGAAUGACGUUCUCAAAAAGGUCAUUGGCUAUUACGAGAGCUGGUCUGCCGAACGGAAAUGUGAUUCUUGGUCUCCAAGCAAUCUCCCCGUGCAGAGCCUAACACACAUCUAUUGGGCGUUUGCUCUUUUCCAACCCUGGAAUGGUGGCUGGAGUGUUUACUUGAUGGAUGAGGACAAAAUCUCGAACUUGAAUGACAUGGUGGCUGAUUUCAUUGCUUUGAAAGAUGACAACCCGUCCUUGAAGUGCUUCUUGUCUGUUGGCGGCUGGUCAUUCAAUGACGGGGAUUCGGCACACUAUUGGUCCGACAUGUCAUCUACUGAAUCUGGUCGAAAGUCAUUUGCCAAAGACUUAUUGCGGACGCUGCAGCAAUACGGCUUUGAUGGUGUUGACUUGGACUGGGAGUAUCCCGUCGCUUCGGAUCGUGGUGGCAGCAAGCAUGACAUGGAAAACUACGGCAAGUUGAUCAAGCAGGUUCGCUCAACCUUUGAUGACAGUGGUUCGAACCUUGGAAUCUCAUUCACCAUUCCAUCAAGCUACUGGUAUCUCCGCCACUUUGACGUACCCGCAUAUUUGCAAGAAGACGGAGCCGACUGGGCGAACAUGAUGACAUACGAUCUUCACGGUGUCUGGGAUGGCACAGACCCAUACAUCGGGAAUAUCACUGGAGCGCACACAAACUUGACAGAGAUCCAACAGGCUAUGGAUCUUCUUUGGCGAAAUGAUGUUGAUCCAUCCAAGAUCGUUCUGGGCGUCGGUUUCUACGGUCGAUCUUUCACACUCAAGGACUCCUCAUGCACCGGCGUCGGAUGCCCCUUCACUGGAGGAGGGCAGCCUGGUAGAUGUACAGACACUUCCGGAAUUCUCUCAUACAAUGAGAUCAUGGAGAUCGUCGAGAAUGUUGAUGUCCAGGGUCCCAUCUGGGAGGAAACUGCAGCAGUUAUGUACGCCACCUGGGACGACACCCAGUGGGUGUCGUACGACAACAAUGUCACAAUGAAGCAGAAGGUUGAUUGGGCCAAUGAUCACUGCCUAGGCGGAGUCAUGAUCUGGGCCUUGGAUCAGGAUACAUACGAUUGGCAAGCCUUGACUGCACUGCUGAACAAAGAUGUCAGCUCCGCUUCCCUGCUGGAAGGAGGGUCUGAGAACUCACUGAGUGCCAAGGCAACAGCACAUGCAUACAAUCAAUAUACAGGCACAGAUUGCUAUGUCACUGGAUGCGUGGAUUAUAACUCUGGAUCAUGCAAAGCGGGUUACAGUGUCUUGGAUUACGUUCACAGAGCAUCUUACGGAACCAUCACUGACCCCGAUGACCACCUUUGCAAGACCGGUGAUACGACUGAAUAUGAGGAUUCGGACUCAGAAUACCGUCUGAUCUGUUGCCCAACAGAUGCAAUGCCAACAUGCCAAUGGACAGGCGGCUCAUCCGAUGGCAUGUGUGCUGGCGGAAAGGAGAAAACAUGUGGUUCAAAUGAAUUUGAGAUUGUCAAGGACUCUUACUCUGACCGAACAGGAUCUACCCCGUGCAUGGUCAACAGUCGAUCACUUUGCUGCGCCACCGACCCCAAUCUUGACACUAUAGUGAACUCCUGUUUCUGGACCGCCUGCAACGGAGAAUGCAUGAAGACUGAUAUUGAGUACCCGGAAUAUGCCCUCAAGCCCGGCACUAAUGGUUACGAGAAUUGUGAAUGGACUACUUGUACCGAGUCUUGCGCUAGUGACAAAGUUCUCCUGACCCAACGAUCAGCUUUACUGAACGGCAGUCUCCCUCAAUAUUGCCAUGAGGGGGGCAUGUACAAGUUCUGCUGUGACGCACCUACUCCAACUGUGAACCCUCCCGUUGACCCUUCAGCCAUAUUUGAGUACCCAGAUGAGAAAAACUACAGUUAUUACCUCAAGCAUGAAGACACCGACAACAACGAAUCAUCCGAGUUCGAGCAGGAGAACCCUUACGCAUUUGUGAUGGUGGAUGGUGACACGGAUGCAUAUGACGAGUCCCUUGUGGAUCAAUGGACAUUUUUGGAAGAUGGAGGUCUCAACUCCAAGAGAGAUGGCGGUCCGCGCAAGAAGCGAGACAUCUUUACAUUCCGUGAGGACACAUUUGACAACGUUGUUGAGACUUACCUCAUUCGCUGUGCGAGCCUCGAUGACAACACCGGGUGUAAAACAAUUUUCUCCGGUGGUGCAUCGAACACCAUUGUCAAGAUGCCUUCUUACCACGGAUCUGGACCCUACGCUCGUGUCAUCAGUUUGGUUCCACAGCACUCUACAGAGAAGCGAAGUAAUAUCCUCCCGCGGGACACAAACCAGGCGUAUGAGCUUACUGUGGAUUAUGACCUGGCUUCUGCUUCCGAAGAGGAGAAGGGAGACGUCAACUUUCGGGUCGACUAUACGAAUUUGCUUGACUACUGGGAGGACAUCACGGAGGAUCCACCCCAGAAGAGGAAGAGAUGGUUUGGCGCCUUCAAGCAGUGGCUGAAGAAAGUUACCACAAUUGUCAAAAACAGCUCUGGGUACCUUCCCCUCAACUACUACGACACAAUCAAGUUAUUCCAUUGGGAUGAGAAGUGCAGUGGGAAGCAAAUGUCACUGGACAUCGAUUCUACUCUCGACAUAGGUCUCAAUGCGCAAUACGCGUAUUACUUUGAAGGCGCAAUUUUACCCACACCAAAGUUGAUUUCUUCUUAUGCAUACUUUUCAGUUGCUCCUGCAGCAGAGAUCCUUCUGACCAUGCGAGGAGAAGCAGCCUUCCAGACCAGCAGUGACAAGAUCGAUAUUAUCUCCGGUGUGACAUUUCCUGGACUGUCCAUCAAGGGACUUAUCAGCAUCGGCCCAGAGCUCGCCCUUUCCGGCAAAAUGGAUGCCUCGAUGGUGGUUUCAGGUGAACUCAAUGCCGGUGUUGUUGUGGAAUUCCCUAAGGCCGAAGUGUUCUUCCCCCAGGACUCGGAUGGCGAGGAUGCCAGUGUUCCCCCGUCUUCUCUCAAGAACGAGGACGGCAAGGAUGCCCCAAAUCUAUUCUCCGUCACCCCUCAGUUCGAGGCUUCAGCGUCGGCAUCGGGCAACUUGGCUUUGACUCUCACCCCUGAGGUGAAGUUUGGUAUUUCCGUUCUCAAUGGGAAACUAAUGGAAGGCUAUGUUACCGCGGGAGUGGAGAACACUGUCAGUUUGGGUGUCAGUGCCUCGGCAUCGACAGGUUUAUCGAGCGGGUCUUCUGCAGAAUUCUGCUACUGGGCAGACUACGAUUAUUCCGUGUUUCUGCAAGCAGACGCCUCAUUCCUUGGCGACGUGGCAUACUGGGGUGAUCGAUAUGAUAUCGCCUCUCCAGAAGAUCCCAUCGCACUUGUUGACAAGAAAUGUCUAGCUUACUCGAGUGAUGUGGAUGAAAAGAGAAAGCGUGAUUCAACAAGCUCGGCUCUGGUCAAAAACACAACUGGCUCACCUUUCUUUGGAGGAUGGUGUCAAUGCGCCAACAAGGAUACUCAACUUGCCAACGAAACCUUGAGUUGCUUGGAUACAGAAGACACCUCGUCGACUGCUAAGCGCCAAAACACCGCACCAACAUGCUACCUCCCACCGGCGUUGUUUUACAAUUGUGACUGGUUCCAAACCACGAGAAUCAACAAUCUCAACACCGACACGAAUGGACAAACUCCUCACGUCGACCUCAGGGGCAUUUGCGAAAAUGUCAAGAGAUACCUGGAUCGGAACUCGGGCAGGAAAUAUAUCUGGCCCAAUUGGAUGCGCUUGACCUAUCAGCCAGAUCCAGCAAAUUCUAACCGGGCCGACGCAUGUGCCCAGAAAAAGAAGGAAUGUAAGGAGUUAAAGGAGUCGCUUUGGCCCAAGGAUGGAAAAGAUCCCCGAGCGCUGACUAUGUCCUGUGAUGAGUUUCCCUUCAACUCAGCAGCAGAGGGAGGCACUGGUGCUGAGGUCGCAUGUGUUCCCGACGGCCAGCAGAAGUAUCAAGCCAAGAUUAAUGGCCAGCUUCCCUACAUCAAGUACACUCCAACGGGCCAAACCACAUCGCAAUACUGGAAGGAUGAGCAGUGGCAGGGGCCGACAAGAUACUACACCAUAAACCUCUUUAGCUACACGAACAACCAGAACAACAUCGGGACCACUGGUGGCUUACUUUCCUCGAGUGCCUUGAACAACCCCUCCAUAAACCCAGGGACCGGACUCCUCCAUGUUUUGGGUGGUGUCAACCUCCAGGGAAACCCAGAACUUUCACUGACCAACAACGGCAUCUGCCUUGUGUACCCUUACAAGCAGAAGCCCCCUGGCGCAAAUAAAAUUGAUAUGCUGCAGAACAAGCCCUGCAAGAUCCAGUUCGAACCCCCGGCUACUAUCGCGGCCAGAGGCUUGGACCCUAAUGACCCUGACAACUGGGUGGUUACAAAUGUCACACUUAGCGAUGAACCGUUCGAAGAGGAUAGUCCGUUCAAGGAGAUGGCCGAUCAUCUCGAGGAGAUCGGCUUGGCGCAUGAUGAUGAAGAUAUAGACCCUGCAUUCGUCCCUGCGAAGCGGAGCCACAGCCAUCACCAUGGCUCACAUAGACAUCACAUAUAG